AUGUCGACAACGACACCGCAACAUAACCGAUUGCGCUCACGCGUAGCUUGCGAGCCAUGCCGAGAACGCAAAAGGAAAUGUGAUGGAGCCUUUCCAUGUAGCACUUGUGUGCGGUAUGCAUACGACUGCCAUUAUCCGCAAUCUACUCGAAAAAGAAAAGCCGCCGCAAUAUCCGACACUUCACCAGUAGCGGAACACACUCCUGCAUCGCCAACAGAUCAAGAUGCUCAAACCAGGAUAGAGUCGCUGGAAGCAAAUUCUGGUUCUGCUUUUGUGAGGAAGAUGGCAUUAGGCAUUGAUCCGGCUAAUGCUCCCCGACUACGCUUGUUCGCUUGGAAUGUUUUCCUUGGUUCACGAAAGUCAAAUCAUACCCCCAUCUCCCGUUCUAUCACCCAGAUCCUUUCCUGGUCUGAGGCAGAAGAACUUGUCGGUGUUUACUUCGCAAAGGUUGACCCUUGUUACGGUUUCGUAGACCGGCGAUCGCUCGAGCGCCGUAUGCGAACUUACUGGACGAAUGACAAUGCAGAGACGAGCUCAUUCGAGGCUGUCUUGUGUGGCAUUGCAGCUUUGGGACUUCUGUUCUCUCGGAGAAAUGUGAUUGAUGCAGAACUGGACCUUGUCGAGACAGCCAAGCGAAUUCUCGAAGAAUCAAUAUCGGUGCAUCCUUCUCUGGAUAUUGUCACCGCCUGGGUGUUGCGGGUGGCUUACAUGCGAAUGAUUGCCCCGGCGCAUGCCGCAUGGAUGGCUAGUUGCAUGCUGAUGCACACUCUCGAAGCUGCUGGUAUACACUCGACUCAUGUACUCAAUUGGAGCACCGAUGAGUCAGGUCAGCCGUUGACACCAGAGAUCAGAAAGCGAAUUCUUGGUAUCGCUCAGCAUCUGAAUGUUUGGAUGUCAUUUGAUAUCGGACGCUCAAGAGUACAUCUCCAGACGCUCGAUUUUGAUCUACCGGCUCCUAGAGAAGGCGGUUACACUACAGAGCUCCUGGAGCUUUUACCUCAUGCCGAGAACCUCAAUCCUGAUAAGAACGUGGAUGUCGUGGAUCUCAAGAACUCACUCUCGAAAAUCGUUGAGCGGCAUCACACUGCACCGCCAUCUGUUCUUGCUCAGUGCAACCUCACGCUAUUGUUGUGCCGCCGGUUGAGAAUUCUCAACUUCCAUUUCCAAGGUAACCUUCUCACGCAGGUACUGUCGGUAACUGCGAGAGGUAUUCAAGCUGCUCAAGACUUGUUAGAUGACUGUGCUCCAUGGCAUCAUGUGGUCAAUGUCCCAUUCCAGAUCAUCUGCAUCUUACUCGCUUUAGACACACCAGCAGCCAUCGCACAACUGAAUGAUGGCAUCAAGACAUUGAGUAAUAUCCAGCUAGUCUACCCAACUGAUGCUGCAAAAGAAGCUCUAAGCACGGCUUGUUUACUCAUUCAUUUGCACAGAAAGCGGAAAGAGGCGGAUCUCAAAACGCUGUCAGAAAUUGUGUCGACAUAUUCACCUUCAGUCUUGUUUGAUCAGCAAAUGCUAUCACAGCCUCAAACUAUCAAUGACUGGGGAAACACUUGGCUUGAAACCUUACCUGAAAUGCCUGAUCUACAGACAUUCGAUAUCGAUCGUUUCCUCAAUGGCAGUAGUGAAUGGAACAACCCUGGUGACUGGCCACAGGGCUUGUAA